UUUUAUAUUAAAAAAAAAAUAACGAAAAAUAUUACUACGUUAGUAUAAUUCUAAAUAAAAAAAAUAUUAACAUAUAAAUGGACAUAAUUAAAAAUAUUGUUGAUGUGCGUUUCAUUACCCAUAACGUGUAUUCUGCAUUUCAAAUAAUUUUCUUUGAAUUACUAUUUUGUAUAUAAGAUUUUAGUAAAAGUAUAGAUACUGAUCGAUAAUAUAAUAUAAUAUAAUCGCUAGAUAAGUAUAAAUACUAGUCAAUAUUAUCUUAACUAGAAAAAAAGACAAGAUGAUGAUAUUUGCCGGGAAACACAAUAGUAGGGGGGAUAGUAAAAGUUCUACUCAUGAACAGCUGUUAUAACUAUGUUUCAUUCGUUUCUUCCAUUCUUAUUCUUUACUACAAUUGUCGAACUAGAGCUUGAAUUAGUGGUGGAUGAACAAGAGCUGUUGCAUAGUCUUUGGAGAUUACAGGAUCGAACAACUGUUUAAUUUACCAAAGUGAAGAAGAACAAGAAGCUGAACACAUGUCGAACCACAUCGAUAUAUUUGACAAGCAACCGUCAUAUGGAACCUUCGAUGAGGUGUAUCAAAACGAAAACAAUGAAGGUGGUGGCCCUGAAAUGGUGGGAGAAAAUGGGACCAAUGAUAUGGACAAAAAAUCUGCUAAGAAAAUGAAGUACCCAAAAUCUGUAUUUUUCAUCAUUAUUAAUGAGUUUUGUGAACGAUUUUGUUAUUAUGGCAUGCGAGGGGUACUAGCAUUAUAUCUAAAGGAUUCUCUUCAAUACAGUGAAAAUAAUGCAACAAUAAUCUAUCAUAUGUUUGUGAUGCUGUGUUACUUUACCCCUAUCUUUGGUGGAAUUAUGGCUGAUGCAUGGCUAGGAAAAUACAACACCAUACUUUAUGUCUCUUUAAUUUAUGCUACUGGAAACAUUGUACUUUCUUUUGGAUCUGUUGAAGCUCUCAGCAUUCCUCAUAGAGAACUUUCACUCCUUGGACUGUUGUUAAUUGCAGUAGGAACUGGUGGAAUUAAGCCAUGUGUUUCUUCUUUUGGAGGGGACCAAUUUGUUCUACCACAGCAAGAAAGACAACUGCAGCGUUUCUUUUCUGUCUUUUAUUUUUCUAUCAAUGCGGGAAGUGUUCUUUCCUCCUUCUUAACUCCAAUGCUUCGUGAGUACCACUGCCUUGGCAGCAAUGAAGAUUGUUACCCAUUAGCUUUUGGUUUGCCUGCAGCAUUGAUGAUAGCAUCUCUUGUUAUAUUUGUUAUGGGGAGUCCCAUGUACAAAAGAAAUAGCCCACAAGGAAACAUUGCUCUCCAAGUUAGUGGUUGUAUUAGUCGUGCAGUUUCCAAAAAAAUUAGUUCAAAAGAAAAGAAAGAACAUUGGUUAGACUAUGCAGAAGAUAAAUAUAGCUCAAAGUUGAUAGCAGAUAUUAAAGUUCUUCUGAAAAUAAUCUAUUUAUUCACUCCAACCAUCGUAUUUUGGGCACUGUUUGAUCAACAGGGUUCCAAAUGGACAUUCCAAGCCAGUCGGAUGAAUGGAGAUUUGGGCUGGUUCACCAUUCAACCAGACCAAAUGCAAACCCUUAAUUCUGUACUAGUACUUAUUUUCAUUCCUCUUUUUGAAAGUGUAAUUUAUCCAAUAUUAGCAAAAUUACGAUUAGUGAGGACAUCCCUUCAGAAACUGGUAGUUGGAGGUUUUCUUGCAGCUCUUGCUUUUCUUCUAUCUGGAGCUCUUGAGCUUCGCAUCCAGCAAGAGAACCCUUCAUUACCAGGGAGUGGACAGUCAGAACUUGUUCUUUACAACUCAUUAAACUGCCCUGCUGUUAUAAAUGGAAUUCAAAAUGCCCCACAGUUGCCAGCAUUAGGCUUCCUUGACUUAAAUGAAAUAUCCUCUGAGCCCGUGAGUGUUACCAUAUCAACAUCCUGUGCAGGUUCUUGGACUGGUACUCUUGAACUUAAAGAAAACAAGGUUUUUUCUUAUAUGCUUUUAGUUGAAAAUAAUAACCUUUCUUUGACUCAAUUAAAUAUGACUGGAGGAAAUAAUGAAAUGGUCAAGUCUCCAACUUUUACUCCUAAACUAAAGAUUCUUUAUAGUGGCGUUGACCAAUUAUCAAUAUUAGCAAAAACUACCGAUAAUACGAGAAAUUUUACUGUAGAAUAUGGAUCUCAUCAGUCUCAGCAGAUUGUCAUGCCUCUAUUUGGAAGGUAUUUCAUUGCAGUUAAUGACAAGCUUAUAACAGACAUUACCUUAAAACAAGGUGGAAUUUAUGUUUUAAUGUUGGAUGGAAAUUUAAACAAUAUGACUAGCAAGCUGUUGACAGUAGUACAACCAAAUGGAAUGAGCAUGUUAUGGCAAGUUCCUCAAUAUGUGGUCAUAACAUCUGCUGAGAUAAUGUUUUCCAUCACAGGCCUUGAGUUUUCUUAUAGUGAGAGUCCUGAUAGCAUGAAAUCUGUCAUAAUGUCUCUUUGGUUAUUAACUGAUUCAUUUGGAAACAUCAUUGUUUUGAUUAUUGCUGGAUUUAAAAUGGCUAAUGCGGCUUAUGAGAUGUUCCUCUUUUCUGGAUUAAUGUCAGUAGUAAUGGUUUUUUUCAUUUUUCUUGCUUCCCAAUACACUUAUGUUGAUCGAUCUAAAACAGUAAAAGAAGAAAAGAAGGAAACUGUUAUAGAACAGACAAAAAUAUAAUAAUCUAGUCCUGCAUGAAAUGCUAAGGUAUAUGUAUACUAAGGUGUAUAUGUGUAUAUAAAUAUAUAUAUAUAAUGCUUUUUUGGAUGAGGUAAUGACUGUAAUAUCUAGGUGAUAAAUUUCUGACCGCUAUAAUGUGGAAUCUUUAAGCCUAGUCUUGUUAAUAUUAAUGUAAGUUAAAUAAAGAAAUCAAAUUGAAUUAAGAAAAGAAAGAAAUAAUAUUGUAAAUAUAAUUAUAAGCUAUUGUAAAUAGUAUACAGUUUGAAUAGUUUGACUUAUUUUUGGUAAAUUACUUUAAAUAUGAUAUAAAUUGUUCUUUUACCUACAAAUAAGUCUAUUAAGAUCUAAUUCUAUGAGUAUUUAGUUAUUUAUAAGAUUAUUAAAUUAGGAUUAUUUAUCAGGAUUCACAACAGUUUAGAUUAAUUAAAAAAGGUAUUUUAAAUAUGGACAUUCUAUCCAACUAUGUUUGAGACAGUUUUUAUUUUAAGAAAGGUGUUGUGUACACAAGAUCAUUUUGCAAAAUUAAUUGUUGGUUAUUUCACAAUUUGUUAGGAACAUACAUAUGUUAAAAAACAUGAAAACUAAAAUUGUAUUUAUUACUACUGUUAGUUAUUUAUUAAUAACAGAAAAUUAUAAAAGAUUAAAUAUAGAUGAAUUUUCACUAUUUUAACAUAGGUUAUCAUACUUUUAAAUCAUAGUCGUUAAGUAAAAUAUUGUAUAUUUAUGUUAAAGUAGACCUAUACAACUUUUUAAAGACCGCAUAAUUGUUCAACUUUAAAUGGUUUGAGACAAGAUAUUAAAAAUCUUGCAGGAUAGGCAAUGUAAAAUGAAAGAUAUAUACACACAAUGAUCUGAGAGAUUUUGACAAAUGUUGAGCAUUAAAAAAAAUGUUUUUUGACUCAUUUGUAUUAAAUUUUUAUUACAUUCAGUUAGGAUCAAAAAUAUCCAUACAACAGUUACAAAACAAAUAAAAAAAUAUAUAUUCAUAUUAUUAGUAGAAGGUAAUUAAAAAUAAUAAAACCUUUUAAUAUUAGCAUUAAAAAUUUAAUAUAAAGACAUUUUUGAACAUAUAAACUCCAUAACAUUGCCCUGUAAAUAAAUUAUGUUGAGGAGUGAGGAAGCUAUGCAAUUAUUAUUAAAUUGUUUUUUAUUAUCUGAAAGUUAAUUUUAUAAAUUAUAAUAAAUUUAAAAAAAAAUAUUAUUCAUAAAAUUCAUCCAAAAUUAAACAUUAACAUUUAUUACUAAUUCAGUAUUUUUAUCAUGCAUUUUAUCUCUUCUUGCAUUCUUAAGCAGUUCCAAUCAUACCUCAAGUAUGUCAUAGUCUUAGCUGAAUGGUUUUCCUAUUAUUAUCUUCCAGUUAUUAGGAAUGAAUGUCAAAUUUUAUAUCGCAGAGUGAGAUUUAUCCAACUUUGUCCUCACAGAGUUUUUUUUAUUUUAAUUAGCUUUUGUCAAAAUAUUCCUGUGAUUAGAUAAUAAGUUUAUUUAAUAAAAUUAUGUUUAAUCUCAUUAGGGGCUUCAAAGUUAUUUUAAAAAUAUUUAUAUAACUAAAUUAAAAUAUCACAAAUGUACAAAAUUUAUUUUGGAUUUAAAGAUGUAUAAUAUUCGGUUGCAUUUUUUCUGUUGAUACCUUGUGUUAAGAAAUAAAGAUAUUUUGCGAGAAACCUACUAAAGUGAACUAACAGAAAUUAUGUUAGGCUGGAUGAAUGAGAUUGGCUACCAUACUGAAAGGUUAAUUGAUUGAGUUAGUGAUAACUAUUAAUUUUACAGAGUUUGGUUUCAGAGAUGCAGAAUUAUACUUUUUAAACAAUACAGAGUUUCUUGAACCACUUUUUUUUUUUAUAUCUCAAGACUGAGGAAUUUAUUACCAUGAUUAAAACUAAUUUUAAUUAUUAGAGCCAUUGGUAUAUUCAAUAAUCUGAGUCAGAAUAGUGUAUGUAUUUCUACUUCUCUCCUUAUUUUUAAAUUAAUAAACAUCUAGAAUAAUGAUUGAUAUUUUAAUAAAAAUUGAUUAAAUGUACUUAUUAAGACAUAAGAAUUAUUAGGUUAACAAAUUGUUUUAUAUUUAUUUUCUA